AUGAGCCGGGGAGAUGCUUCCUCCGCAUUAACCAGCUAUCGACCUGGCUGCGUCGAGCUGCGGGAGCACACGUUUGGUGCACACAGCAGCGCUCGCUGGACUCGCACCUGGUGCCGCUCGGCCCGACGUCUGCCCAGAGCCGGCGGCCCGCCAGGUUCAGGGGCAGCGCCAAGCACUGCACGCGAGCCGCUAGCCACCAGGCCCCCUUUCUGCCCUCUCCUCGCCCAGGCUCACGGUGCGCUAGCGUCCCCGUCGGGGGGCGCCGCUGCAGCCCUAGGUCUCCCCGCCGAGGCCGGUCUUCUGUCCUUCCCUCCCAGAACCGAAGUCCCCGGGCUGCAGUGCGGCCGCCGAUCCCUCCGCUUCCUGCAGACGCUGCGGCGCUCGCUCCCACCGCUCCCUCCCCCCCGCGCUCGGGUUACAGCCCUGCGGACGCCGGAGUGCGUGGCCUGGCGUCCGCACGGGGAGGGAUUUGCAUCAAGCCGGAAUUCGGACCCCGGAGAUCCCAGGAGGCACGGGCAGGCGGCCUGCAGAGGCGCCCGGGAAAGGGGUUGCGGCUCCCCACCGGUCGCCAGGGCCUUGAGAUCGGUCCCUGGGUCCCGAGAAGCGUCGGGGAAACUUUGGGAGAAACUUUGCCAACUUUGCUCUCGGCGGGGGAGAGGCCGCCUGGCCGGCUGCCGCAGCUGCGGGCCGCGACGCGUGCAGUGGGCCGGGAGUCAGUCCCGGGCGCCCUGGAGCCGGCCCGGUGGCCCCAGGAGGGGCGCGAGGCCGGCCGACUGCCCCUGGCUCCCCGCUGCGCCCUCGCGCGUCCCCAGUCCGCCUGGCCCGCGCCCCCGGGGCUCCGAGGGGCCCACGACUCGCCGCGCCCAGGAUGGCGGGGAUCGAAAACCUGGCCCUCAGCGCAAGUGAUCUGAUUUUUCUUUACCUCUCCACGAUCAUCCUUUUUCCACCUGACUUGAGCAGUUUCACUGCCUCCCUCUCCUUUGUUUUUCACUCUCCGUCUGUCUGUCUCUCCCACUUUCUAGGUAUUCGAUUUCUAAGUCAUUCAUUUUCCUUCUCUUUCCUCCGCUCCCCUCGUUCGUUGUUUUAUUUGUUCCUCUGGACCAUUCUGCAGUGGCUCCUUCCCUCUGCCCUGAUUUUGCCUCUUUUUAUCUCUCUACCUCGGCGACGGACCCUCUCCUUCACCCCCCAAUUCUCCUUCUGUCUUUCCUUCUCUCUUUCAUCCCAGUCUAUGUGCU